AUGCCGACGAAGAGCCGCUUUGCCUCCUCUGUGCCCAACACGAGUGUACGUCCAUUCUCCCUGCUGGAUGCCCCGCCGGAGUAUUACGUCGCCGUGCGGUCGCCCAUCACACAAACACCGCACGAAUAUCAACAGCGGCAGCAUUUAAAGGAGUGCUUCAGUGUGUAUGGAUACACAGACGCAAAUGAUAUGUUGGAGCGAAAACCCUCCGCCGAUGAUGUGCCAUUGGCGGAGCAUCAAAGUCGUUUACCACGUUUACCCAUUCCAUCUCUGCAGGAGACAUGUGAACAAUUUCUUAAAUCCAUUGAGGCCAUCGCCUCACCUUCGGAGUAUGUUGUUGUAUCUAAAUUAGUAGACGAAUUUAAAGCGAGUGGUGGAGUGGGCGAGAUGUUGGAUAAAUUACUUCAUGAGUGGGAUGAACGGUGUGAACAGCCGAGUUGGUUGGAGGAAUUCUGGGAUGAUGCCUAUCUUUGCCCACGUGAUCCCAUUCCCAUUAAUGUGAAUUACUUCUUUGGAUUUAGUGCUCAUCCAAACGCAAAAGCCAUGACUCAAAUGGGUCGGGCUGCAAGUCUUCUUUGGGGUGCCGUCUCUUAUUUUGUUGAUACACGCGAUGGGAAACUUUUGUGUGAGUAUGAACGGGAUAAACCGGUAUGUAUGUGUCAGAAUCGUUUUCUCUGUUGUACCUCACGACUCCCGGGAAGAUAUCGAGAUCGUAAAGUCUGUUAUCUUGAUUCUCCUGCGUUAACAGAGGAUGAAUUACAAUCAAAGAGUGUGGAAUAUGUUGCCCUUCCAUCUCCUCCAAAACACUGUGUAGUGAUUCAACGUAAUCGAUUUUUUGUGUUGGAGGUUUUAGAUGAUAAAGGUUUACCUAUAGAUGUUUCCACACUUGUGGUGGCAUUAUAUCUUAUUGGUGAAAAAGUAAAUAGUACAGAAGAGGCAGGACCUCCUGUUGGAUUAUUAACAACUAUGGAUCGUACAGGAUGGUUUGAGGCACGAGAAAAUCUUAAAGAACUUGGAAAUUAUCAAACAUUACGUGCAAUUCAAUCCGCUAUUAUUUGUUUAGCUUUAGAUAGUGUAGAAGUGGUAACAUCAGAUGAGGCGGCUCGUAUAUUUCUCCAUGGUAGUGGUACCAACAGAUGGUUUGAUCGGCAUAAUAUCAUUGUAACCCGUGAUGGUUGGGCUGGUGUGAAUUGGGAACACUCCGUUGCGGAUGGAACCUCAACUUUACGGCUUGCCGAUCGAAUGUAUCAAGCGGAUUGUAAUAAUGCGUUUACAAAGGAAUCUAUUGAAGAAUUGAUAUUAGAUGAAUCUCGUCGGGCAAAGGCGAAAAGCCUUAUUUCUGAGUUAGAAUGGAAAUUAGAUUCACAGUUAAAUAUUAUCAUGAAUCAAGCUUUUGCAAAUUAUAAAGUUAUGAUUGAAGUAAAUGAAACUGCCGUAUUACGAUUUCGUGAUUUUGGUGGAUCUCUUCUAAAAGAUUUAAAAGUUUCUCCCGAUGCAUUUGUCCAACUCGCUUUUCAACUCACUUAUUAUCGUAUGUUUGGUCAAACCUGCGCUACUUAUGAGGCGGCCAGUACUCGAACGUUUCUUCACGGCCGAACGGAAUGUGUGCGAAGUGCCACUCGAGCCGCUUUAGACUUUUGUGCAGCGGCCUCUGAGCCAAUCUUCGCCAAGCGGCCGGGAUCACGUUUACCAUCACAACUAAAAUUAAUGGAAGAAGCCAUACAAGAGCAUGUUGAUAUAAUGAAACGAGCAAAAAAUGCACAUGGUAUUGAUCGUCAUCUCCUUGGUUUACGUUUACAAGCUGUUAAACAUGGAAUUCAAAUUCCUGAUUUAUUUGAAGCCCCUGUUUUUAAACGAAGUGCCCAUUGGCUUAUGUCUACAUCCCAUUGUGGUAGUAGUAGUUUAAGUCUUUUUGGGUUUGGUCCUGUAGUGGGAGAUGGAUUUGGUAUUGGCUAUAUGAUUAAGAAUGAACACAUUGAUGUCUGCGUUACUUCUAAAUAUACACAACCCUAUACAAGUUCGCAGGUAUUCACAACACUUCUUCGGGCAUCUCUUUUGCAUAUGGUUGGAAUGAUUUACGGUAAAUCUGCAGAUCAACGGGCCGAGGCUCGUACGUUAUUAUUCUCUCACCCAACAGGAUUCAAUGACUUUAAGUAUGAUAGUGAAGAAGGGUUUGUAUACAAGGCCUCCUCAAGGAACGACAUGCAGCACAGCUUUAGUUUUAAAUGA